AUGAGCGUCACCAAGACAGUUCUUAUUAAUAUCACCGGCAGCAACCGCGGCUUCGGCCUCGCCUUCACGCGCCACUAUGUGGACAGCGGCUGGAAGGUUAUCGCCGCCGCACGCGACGCCGAAGGCGUCAUGAUUAAUUUGGCUGACACUUGCAUGGGCUGUGGAGGCAGAAUCGCAGACGUUACCAUUACCAAGGCUGUCAAGAGUCUCUGGGUCGCCUUUAUGGACGACAAGAUCGUCACACUGGCACUGCGCCCCGGAUACGUCGUCACGCGCAUGACAGGCCAUGAGGGCACAGUUACCACCGAGGAGAGCGUCACCGGUCUCGCAAACGCCAGAUUUCAGGACCGUGGGGAAUACUUCAGGCUUUGUGUUGAACAGGAGCAAAGGGAAUGA